GAGUAUCGGUCUGCGGUUUCCUGAUGAGGGGAAAGAAGGCGGUAGCGGCAGCGGCAGCAAAAGAAGAGGUUGAGGGACUGUUUUACUGCGUGGUUUGUAGGCAGACCUCUUUCCGCGGCCGGGGGCACAUCUACGGCCUGAAGCACCAGGAAAGGCUCGCGGCGCUGCUAGGCCGCUUCCAACAGAAGGUUGAAGAGGCACGGAAGGUUCUCUCAGACGUGAAAGUGGAGAAAUAUGAUUUCACCCAGCAUGAGCAGAACUUCUGGUGCUACUGCUGCAAUGGGGAUGUGAAGAAACACAUCACAAAUGGAAGCCUUGCGGUGCUGUAUGGAGGACUGUUGGAACACUUUGCAAGCUUGGAACAUUUGAAACAAACCAACAAAUUCUGGUGGGAAAAUAAAGCUGACAAAAAGUUAAAAGAGAAGUUUCUCCUCUCUGCAGAUGCUUAUGAAAAGUUCAAAACGGCUGUUGCAAAGGCAGUGGAAAACUAUGAAGAGAAAGCGGAUGAAUACAUUAAACAGGAAGCAGAGUAUAUUCGAGAAGUGGAUCGGAGAAGGCAAGAGGUAGUACAGGCUGCCUUUGAGCCACAGGAAGAGCUGAAUUCACUCGAUGGCUGCAAACACUGCGAGUUCAAUUGUUAUGAUGGUCAUAGUCUUGGAAACUACAACAGCGAAGAGAUACAACCUGGACCGAGUGGAGUGAAUUCCACUUGUCGUUCUGGUGAUAGGAGAAAUGGACAAACCUUGACUUUCAUUGGUAACCAGUUCCUGAAUCAGAAAUCAGAAAGUGGGAAUAUUCACACAGGUGCAACUCCACCCUGGCUUAUUGAUGAGGAGGAUACAAACACUGCACAAAAAACAAUUGGACCUUCUUAUGAAGAGUUUAUCCAGCAAAGAGAAAGAGAGAAACUGAAGAAACUUCCUCCAAAUCGUGUUGGUGCAAAUUUCAACCAUUUAUCAGAAACAGAUGAUUUCUGGCUGCCUUCAUUUGGCAGAGUAUGGAAUGAUGGCAGGAGAUGGCAGUCCAGGCAUCAGUUCCGGUUAGAGGAAGGCAAGAAAAGCAGAAAACGGAAGAGAUAACCAGUGGAACUGAAGACUCAUGCAUUUUGGAAUGUGUACUUUAAUUAAAUUAUCUGAAGCUGUACAUCUUGUUAAUAGAUUAAUUUAAAGUGCAAGGGUUCAGUUACUUUGCUCAGUUUGUGAAUAAAGCUGUUGACUAACUGAACAAAUGUUAUCCUCAUCAUUUUCAGUAGCUUUCUCGAUCCAAUAAAUGCCUCCUAUUGCAAUUCUGAUAAUUCAACUCAUCCAUCUGUUCUGAGAAGAUUACUGCCCAUUAAGGAACUUGUCAUUGUCAUAAGCACACAAACAGCUCUCAUUGACCCACUAUGUCAAUGUUGAAUUUUUUGUUCAUAUACACUAAUCCCAUCUGUAUUCUAUAAACAAGAGAUUCUGCAGAUGCUGGAAAUCCAAACCAACACACAAAAUGCUGGAGGAACUCAGCAGAAUCUAUGGAAAUGAGUAAACUGAUGUUUUGGGCUGAGUUCCUCACUAUCUUUUCUUGCAGUACAUUCCAGACUAAAAACAAAUGUUCCUCUUACCUUGAAACUAUGCCCUCCUUUUUAACCUCAGCAGUCAGAGGUCUGUUGGCCAAUCUAGUCCAGCAGUCCCCAACCACCAGACAGCAAGGAAACAGUAUGAGCCAGCUGCACCUUUCCUCAUUUCCUGUCACGCACUGUUGAACUUGAACAUGGGGUUGCCAACUGCCCUGUAUAUUGGCCUAAAUUGGUUUGUCCCAUAUUUCCCCUGCUAAGAAACCUUUCAUGCCGAAAUGGUGUAAAGCGAAGAAGCACUUACCAUUAAUUUAUAUGGGAAAAAUUUGAGUGUUCCCAGACCCAAAAAAAUAACCUACCAAAUAACACGUAAAACCCAAAAAAACCCAUGCAAAAAAAAAAGCAGGAAUGAUAUGAUAAAUACAGCCUAUAUAAAGUAGUAAUAACUAUGUACAGUGUAGUCAGGAAGAUCAAGUCAAAACCCACUUUGUGGGGAAAAAUUGGCACGUACGCACAUGUGCACACAGGUGCCCACGCAAGGCUUCAUCGUCAUGGUAGUCUUUCUUGGGGUAAACUGUCCCAUAUUUGACUGCUACUUUAAAGUUGGCAACCCCUAACUGUAAAAGACAUGUUGAGGUGAGAUUCACCCUACUUGACCACCACCAUCUCACCGCCCCCCCCCCCCGCAUCGGCAAGAAUAUUGUCAAUAUUAAAUCAGUCCGCGGUGCAAAAAAGCUGGGGACCCCUGAUUUAGUCUAUGCUGAAACCAUUUAAACUGCCUACACCACGCACCCAUCCAAAACAUUGAAAUCAAGCUCAUUCCAGUUACAGCCCUCAACAGAAUUUUGGGUCAAACGUUUUGGGUAGCCUUCCAC